AAUUUAACUUCAAUUUCAAAAAAAAAAAUCUUUAAAAAUUGAUUAAAAAUGGUGAAACCCAAUUCAAAAAAUACAGAAUUUUCACCUUCAUCGUCAUCGUCAUCGUUGUAUCGGGGAGUAAGGAAGAGGAAAUGGGGGAAAUGGGUAUCGGAAAUUAGAUUACCUAAUAGUAGAGAAAGAAUUUGGUUGGGUUCUUAUGAUACGCCGGAAAAAGCUGCUAAAGCAUUCGACGCCGCACUUUUUUGUUUGCGGGGUAAAGGGGCUAAUUUCAAUUUCCCGGAAAAUCCGCCGGAGAUUAUGAACGGAAGGUCGAUGACUCCGUCGGAGAUUCAAUCGGCGGCGGCACAGUUUGCGAAUAAUACAGAACCCGAGCUUAUCCGGGUCGGACCGAGGGAGAAUUCGGAUCUUUCUUCUUCCUCAUCGGAAAUAUUCCGGGCGGAAUCGCCGUCGGUGUCAGUUUCCGAUAGAGUAGAAAGUGAAAAGACGGAAAUAACCUUGGGUAAUGAUUUUACCAAUAUGUAUCGGGUGGAGUCUCCGGUUUCCGGGAGGGUAGAAAGUGAAAAGACGGAAAUGUCCUUGGAUAAUGGAUUUAUGGACAUGUUUUCGUCGUUGGGGACAGUUAAUAAUAUGUCCGAUUUCGGAAUUUUUCCGGGGUUUGACGAUUUAUCGGGUGAAUUUUUUAUACCAUCACCGCCACCACAACCAUCGCAAAUGCCUAAUUUGGAAUCAUUAGAAGAAGAGAAUUAUUUGAACUACGAUGGAUUUCAAUCACAAGGGACUUCAUUUCUUUGGAAUUUUUGAAGGAUCUAAAAAUUGUUACAUUAUAUUCAUUAAUGGUUAAUAUUAUAAGUAUAAAAAUUAGAAAUGGUACUAAUAAUUAGUAUUAAAUAGUACUUUAUUUCUUGAUUUUGUGGACACUUCUAGACAUUUUUUUGGUUGCUAGAAUUGUUACAACAUAUGUGAUUUUCUAUACAUAAGAGGAUGUACUUUUUUGACUAAUCGAUAUGAAAAUCACUUUUUAUUAGUAAAA